GCAAACAUACACUUUGCACCAGUUGAACGCGUCCAUCUCGAGGAAUGACAACAAAAGCCGAGCAAGUUUCCAUGUUCUUCCUCAUGACACCUUAAAACCACCCAAUUUCCCCACAAUGAAGCUGGUAGAUCACGUCGUUAGGUCGUUCAGAGUGGCAAAGCUAUUCCGCGACAACACAGAGAGGAUAAAUAACAUAGAUUUCUCGCCAAGUGGAGAUUUGCUCAUAACUUCGAGUGAUGAUGACCAAAUCGUGAUUUAUGACUGUGAAAAGGGCACAAAUAAACGGACACUUAACAGCAAGAAAUAUGGAGUCGACCUCAUCCACUUCACCCACGCUAAAAAUUCCGCGAUCUACAGUUCCACAAAAAUUGACGACACCAUCAGAUACUUAUCUUUACACGACAACAAGUAUAUCAGAUACUUCCCCGGUCAUACGAAAAAGGUGAUAACAUUGAGCAUGAGUCCAAUUGACGACACCUUUAUCUCCGGCUCCCUGGAUAAGACCCUAAGACUAUGGGACCUGCGUUCUCCCAACUGCCAGGGCAUGAUGCACGUGGGGGGUCGGCCGGUGGCGGCUUUUGAUCCGGAGGGCCUCAUCUUCGCUGCGGGAAUCAACUCUGAAAUGAUCAAGCUUUACGACUUGAGAUCAUUCGACAAGGGUCCAUUUAGUACGUUCCAAUUAUCCAUGGAGAAGGAGUGUGACUGGACCGGGAUCAAAUUCAGUCCUGACGGGAAGACGAUUCUCACGUCUACAAACGGAUCUGUUAUCAGACUUGUGGAUGCUUUCCAGGGAACGGCGCUCAAAACCUUUGCCGGACAUCUGAACAACAAAGGCAUUCCCUUAGAGGCGUCCUUCAGCCCCGACUCGCAGUUUAUUUUCAGUGGGUCAACUGAUGGCAGAGUCCAUGUGUGGAAUGCGGAAACAGGCUACAAGGUUUGUGUGCUGAAUGCUGACCAUACUGGGCCCGUUCAGUGUGUCCAGUUCAACCCCAAAUACAUGAUGUUGGCCUCAGGAUGCACAAACAUGGCCUUCUGGUUACCAUCCCUAGAUGACAUGUGAAGAGACAAGCACGCAUGCUAGGAAAGACCUGUGAGAUGAAAUGAAAGAGGAAACAAGAGUUCAGCAGUUCAUCAUUGUUCUUUUGAUGUAUAGCUUUCAAGUCAGAUGAACCAAAGAUUGAAAAAAGAAAACAGAAGAAAGAAAGAAAAAGAAGAGAGAAAAUAUAUGUUCACCUUGUCACAGCUCUUAAGAAAAAAAUGAAAAAGAAAAAACUAAGAUAAAGAGGAAGUCUGUGUUAAAGAUCUGAGACACUGUAUUUUGGGUCCAAUUCUUAGAGCUCUAUGUAACUAAGGCUUUGAAAAAAAAGCCAUAAUUCUAUUAUUGUUUUUUAUUAUUUUUUCCUUUUUUUAAAUUAAUGCUGUCUAAGUGAGAGGAAAUGUUCAACUGAGUUGGACCUUAAAAGAAAUACCGUUCUCAAAUUUAAACUAUUUUGAGAACUUGACCAGAAAAUGCAGAUUUUUUGUGUGUGUGAUCCCUAUUACAUGUCAGCCUUGCUUGAACAUACCUCAGUAUGAUAUGUAUUGACAAAUUUACACAGUAGUUUUUCUUUGUGAUGAUGGUGGAUUUAUGAUGGCGAAUAAAUUACACCGUCAGAUGUGGUUAUUUGAAUGAUGUUUUACUGAAAUAAUA